AGAACCAAGAGAAUAUCCAAUAAUAAACAACUCUCGCCUAUAAAGGGAAAACACCGAGCCAGGGGUGGAUUAAAUGAAGAAUAUUGUCUUGGAUUGUUUACUACAGGGAAUUAAUCGCUACCGUCAGUGAGCUGCACCAUGCUGCGUGAGGGCUUGAAAGGCUGCAGCAGUGGCUCAGAGGCGUACAGCAGUGACCCUGAGGAAGAUGAGGAGGAUGAAGAGGACAUGGUGUGUGGGGAGUCGGACCAGGAGGCCAUGGCGGAGGAGAUGAUGGACCUGAGUGACCUGCCCACUGCCCUGUUUGCCUGUAAUGUUCAUGAUACAGUGUUUGACCACGACGUGCACAGGGAGCGCUUUGAGGCUGUGUUUCGACUCUACGAUGAGCAGGUCACAUUCCAGCUCUUCAAAAGUUUCCGCAGAGUGAGAAUAAACUUCAGCACUCCAGAGGCAGCAGCACGCGCUCGCAUCGAACUGCACGAGUCUGAGUUCAACGGCAACAAACUCAAGCUCUAUUUUGCCCAAAUCCAGAAUGGAGACGAGGACAUAGAUAAGUCAUACCUGGCCCCCCCUCAACCUGUGAAGCAGUUUCUGAUCUCCCCUCCAGCCUCUCCUCCUGUGGGCUGGAGCCAGAGCGAAGACGCCACUCCAGUCAUCAACUAUGACCUUCUGUGUGCUGUGGCCAAACUGGGACCAGGGGAGAAGUACGAGCUGCACGCGGGCACAGAGUCCACUCCGAGUGUGGUGGUGCACGUGUGUGAGAGUGAGACAGAGGAGGAGGAGGGAGCCCGGCCGAAGCAGCAGAUCGUGCAGACCAGACGCCCCGAUGGACCCCCCAAAGUCUGCAACUAGACCCCCACCACCUCCACCCACACACACCUGUCCUUAUCCUGACAGCAGUGUGCCCUGUCUGAGCGCCGCGCCCCUCAUUUCAGAUCACUCCAAAGCAAACGGACAUGGCUGUGCAGACGUGUUUUUGGGAGAGGAAUGAGGCGGCUACGACCUAAAGAUGGAUCACUCACAUCACAUGGUGCGGGCGGCGUGAACAGCGGCCCCUACAGGACCCUCUGUGUAAGUGCGGUCAGACACCUGUCACGCCAGGCACCAUCCAGCUCAUCGCUUGUCACCAUUCACAGUACCUCUCCGUAACCUGUGGACUCUUUUGGUUCUAUUUGUACUUGAUUCAGAAGUUCAUACGUAUCGAGUUGUCUGCUUGUAAAUACUGUACACAUACAUUCAAAAUAAUACACUGUUAGAGCAGGAACCUAUUAAACGUCACAGCACAUUUGUGACUAACCGUUCAAAUAUUAUUGUAAGCAUUGUUUUGUUUUUGUUUUUUUUGUUUUUUUCAGAGAGGUCUUUUUUUCUUUUAAAAUAGAUGCCUAACUACAAGUAUGUAUUUGACACACUUUUGCAUGCUUCUGACUUCUGAGCUGAGGUGUUUUUUAUCUUAAUCUGAUGACAGUGGAGUACUACAGUGCAUAUCCUCACAGUGGUGUCUUAUGGGAACAUUCAUUUUUCUAACAAAAAAAUAAAAUAAAAUAAAAAUAAUAUUAACAACAGCGCAAAGACAAUUCACAGCUUUCUUGUAUGAAAACUAUUAUAGAUUGCUCAGAUCUGUCUCCAGACCUCUUGCAUGUUUGGCAAUCUCUAAAUCCCAUUUUCACAAAACUAAUUCCAGGUUUUGCUGUAAAUAGCUGAACUAAAUAUUUGUGCUUUUUUAUUUUGUGUAUAGAUCUCUACGCAUUUUUAUAUAUGGAGAAAAGGGAAACAUUGAACGCCUUGUGAGAUAUCAACCAAAGCAUCCACCAUUAUAAUCUGUUUUACAUGUUGAGUUCAUGUUUGAUAACUUUGCCCCUUUAAAUAGCGUUGGUACCGGCCGACAAGCUCGAAAUACUGGGCUUUCCCCUGUAUAAGUGAAUGAUAAACGAAACAAAUGAAACAUGGCCUGAUCAUUUUAUCCAAUAGAGCAAGAAGAGUGUAGUGUUCUCUCUUUCUUUUCUCACAGUGAACCAUUUUUCUUGAUGACAAAUGAUUUUAUAGUAACACUUAGAAAAUACAUUGCGCCAACUAUAAAUGAUUUGGAAGUAGUUUUGAAAAACUAUAAAUACAUAGGCCUGUCAUGAUAACUACUAUAUCAAUUUAUCCUUCAGUACAUGAUACAUAAAUGGAACAAUUAUUUUUGGAGGUCAGUAUUUAUUGUGGGUACUUUUUAUUUGUACUAGUGGGAACUUUUUGUAAUUUGUUGUAGUUUUUUGAAGAUUUGAACCAUAGAGGAUGGAGUAAAUAACUUUUAUGACUCAUUAAGUGUUUCAUUUGUUUAUUGCAGUUCAAUAGCACAUAUAGAAUUGUUUUGGGGGAAAAUCUUAAAUGCUUUAGGGUGAUCGUGUCAGUGGCGUAAUGGCUUUCAAUAUUAUCAUCUAUAUUUUCUUUAUAUCGUACUUCAAAAUGUGUUAUUGUGACAGGCCUGUAAUUACAUAUUGUAUACUGAAAAUUAUAUAUAAAAUAAUUAAUAAAAUAUUGAUUUAUUCGUUCAUCUGAUGCAGUAACAGUUGCAACGUCAGUCUUAUCUUAUGGGAGGUGGGUGGAUGUUAAUAAGUGACCAUAGCUCAAAGAGAAGGUCAAAUUUUGUAUGCUCCAGUUGUCUCCAGACUGAAUAUGUACUGUAUAAUAUGUUGUGUAUAGUGUUAUCUGUCGCUGGGAUAGUAACUUCCGGUGCACAGGGCCAGCGCUGCUUCUCCUGCAAAUGUAAGAGUAAAAAAAAUGAGCUGAGAACAAACAAAUCAAACUGAAGUCAUGUGUAGAAUCUGUCUUUCAUUUCUAUAACUCAAACUGUGCUGCUGUGUGUCCACUGUAACGUUUGUCCACUUGUGUGUGAAUCUUGUACUUGUAUUUGUAGCAAAACAAGCAAUAACUGACACUUGUAUGACUCGGUUCUGUGCUGAAACCUGGGAGCUGUCGCUGUAUCUGCUUCUCUUUGUGUAGCAUAUACAACUUAUGUUUGUUUGACAUGGCAAAACAUAAACUACUGUUCUUAUAAGACCGUC